AUGAAGUCCAAAAAGGCACAUGCUAAAAGAACACUCGAUGGAACUAAUGCGGCACAUGUGAAGAAAUGUUGUCGAUCCAACAGAAAAAGAGAGGUAACAAAUUAAAUGACAGUACAAUUUUAUGGUGCGUACAAAGAAUUAAAGCGUGGGUUCUGCAAUAUAAUUAAACUACCAUAUACAGGGAAGCGAAGUUAAGGCCCUGUCACACUAUUGGCGUAUCAUAUAGCGUAUGCCAGCGUAUGAAAAAUAUUACUUAUACACUGGAAAACGCUGACAUACGUUUGGGGUACGUUAGGAAUAUAGGUUGUAUACUUUUCAAGCACGGUCGCAUACGCUGGCAUACGGUGAGGCAGAAACUUUUUUUAAGCAUGCUUAAAAAUUUUGUGCGUAUUCGGACGUAUGGUUUAUUCGAUAAGCAUACUCUACGCACACGCUGAAUACACUAGAGGUACGCCAAAUGUACGGUACUCAUACGCUGGCAUUUCAAAGGAUUUUUGUGCGUAUAUGAAAAUUAUUUCAUUCAGUUUCAUACGCUUCUCAUACUUUCUCUCAUACGCAAUAGUGUGACAGGGCCUUUAACGAUCUGGACAUUUCACACCUUUAUUUACGUUUAAAAGUUGUAUUUUGCGGCUGUCGCUUCAAACUUCCUGGUAUAAUCCUAAAUUGUAAUUUGCAGUUCAAACAUUUUAACCAUUUGGAAACCAAACGUACAGCAAAGUGAAAAAGUGUCCUCGGUUAAAGAGAUGUUUAACCCAAAAUUUGAAAGUGGGAAUAAACAAUUAACCAAAGAAAAUUUUUCUUUUCGUAGAAAUUAGGAAGACGUCUGUCGAGUUUGAACAGUAAAGAUUGGACGCCUGAGCGAAAAGCGAAGGUAGCUGCUGUCCUUACUCUGGACUAUAUUUCCAGCGAGGAAAGUGAUGCGGACGAGGAAGGGAAAACUGUUUACACUGUUAAAACGUUGCCUUGGCAAAGUCAGAAUUUGAAGAAGAAGAAAAAGAGCCUGGACAAACACCAUAUGGAGUCUCUUCCAGCGUUGGUGAGGCGUAGGCUAUACCUUCGAAAAGAAGGUGGCAUGUCGCUUCGCCCUAAGCCCACCAAUUGCCCGGAUUGGGCUUGCAAAGACGACUGA